AUGCUCACGUUUGUCCAACAAGAACACUUGAUUGAUCUGAUCAAGAAACAGAGAUGCGUGUGGGAUUCCUCCGACGAUGGCGACGUUGAAUUUGCCUGGACGGCGAUCAGUCGCCAAUUCAAUAAAAAGUAUAAGACCAGGAAACUAGGUUUGAUUAUUUUUCUAUUUUUUUCUAGAUAUUUUGAUGGUAUUUUAUAGAGUUCACUUUAAAUUACAAUUUCUACUUACAAAUUUGGGUUUCGAUAUUCGAUUUGUAGAUUUUUUUCAUGCUGUAUUAGUAUCAUUUCUCCAAAUCUUUUUAUGGGAAGUCAUAAAAAUGUUUUUUUCCAGGCGAUGAUCUUGCUGAUGAAUGGGCCGCCAUAAAAAAAGAAGUUUUUGAAAUGGAAAAAUGUUCCCUGAGACCCACGUUCGCCCUCGUUAUUGGCGAGAACUUAAAUUUCUCGACAAGACGUCGUGAGUUGAUCUUUAAAAAAAAAUAAAUUAAUUUUCAAUUUUAGAACAGCGCAAAAAAAGGGACCCGUCCCCUGUCGAAGAAAUGGAAGAUUUAGGUAGGUUUCGAUUAAAUGAAGUGCUUUAAUUAAUAAAAAAAUUUGUAUAUCAGGAAAUUUCGUAUACGAUAUUUAUCUACUUUUGAAAUUUUUUUAGGGAAGUAGUGCAUGAAUAAUAAAAAAUCCGUUUGAGAUCGAGUUCUAUUCGAAAAGAUUAUUUUCAUUCAUUUAUAAAAACUUACUGAUACUCCAAAUAUCCAUCGCGUCAGUUUCCGUUGUACCGCCCUCACAAGUCUUUUUUCCCUCUUUUUCAAUGUUCAACUACGUAAAAUCUUGGAAACUUCAACUUCUCGCUCAAAAUUUAUUUUUUGAAGUCUAUUAGUUAUCAACAAUCUGUGAAUGAAAGUUUAUGAAGCAGGGGACAAAAAUUGGAUCGAGUUUCAUUCAAAGUUUCAUUUCAUUAUUUAUCAGAACUUACUGUUUUCAGAAAUGGAGAUGAGCCAAUUUGGAAUAGUCCCUACUGAUGCCCACCUGGAAAAUUGAGCCGGACUAAUAAAUUGGUGAGUAUUAUGAAGUGUAAAGCAUCAUUUGAAGAAAUUCACGAACUUUCAUUAUUAAAAUUCUUUUUUUUCAGGUCUCUUUCGCGAACGUCCGCCAUUUUCUUCUGCUUUUGCAUCGAUUUAAUUAUAUUCUUACUUUUAUCCACCUAUCCACAUGUUUUCGUAGCCAUAUUUUACCAUCGUCCUGUUUCUAGAAUUUUUUUUUAAUUCAUAGAUAAAAUCAUUUUGAACAAUUUGUUGUGCAUGGAAGUCCAUCUUACACAGUAGCUAUUGCAAUAAUUGAGUUGAAGUUUCUUUUUUUUUAUCAAUUGGCGUUAUUCAAAUGAUGAAUAAUGAUGAUAUAAUAAAGACUUUAUAGAAAUUCUUAUAUUAGGUUGUUUACUAAAUUUCUUUCUUUUUGAAACACUCUUCUGUUGAAAAAGUAUGAAUGAAAGCUCGAUAUUCUGAGCUCUUAAAGAUUUCCUGUGAUUUCCCUCAAGAUGUCGUUUUGUUUACUUACAGUAACACUGACCUACUUUCUCCUCUUUCCUCUCCUGGAGGUAGAAAAGUUCAGUAGCCGAAUCCGCGCGUGGCGUCCCUUUUUUGCAGUUCCUCUUGUGUUGCCGCGGCGGCGACUCCUUGCAACUCACUCCUCCUACAGGACCCCCGAGCUUUUUUUCGGCUCCAGACGGCUGAACUUGGACUUAUCCGGACAAUGACGGACCGCCCCUUGUCAUUUCGACAGUCACACGUGCUACUGAGUAGACGCCUUCCAAGGACCAACUUCUGCUUCUAUCAUGACCAAGACGAUGAAGAAGACCGGAAAGAAGACCGAGAAGCGCAACAACGAUCCCGACAUGACUGAUGAGCAGGUUCUUUUUAUUAUCUUAUUUCUUAGAUUUCAAUCAACUGUGUUCAGUUUGAGUUAUAGAAAACCUAAAAAAAAAUUUUUUUUUUGUCUGACUCCGCUAAGUUUUGUGUUAUGUCCGUGGAAUCGGAAACGCAAUCAAAAUCUAAGAAUCUUUUCGAAUAUCUCAAGUAUCGUUUCUGGUCAAAAAGGACUUCAGGUUGACGCAGUCUUUAUCAGAAGACCCCUUUCAAGUUAAUCUUGGCUCAUUAAUUGAAAUUUCAUUUUACAGAUCGCUCAAGAUGAGGAAUUUUUUGCGAACUGCACUCCGCAGGAGGAGUUGGAAGUUCUCGACGAGUUCCUCUCGACUCUUCUGCCAGAUAACUUGUGGGAAAUCGUCAUGGACAACUUCUACGUUGUACAUACGCGUCUUACCAACUUGGCUCGUCAUGGACAUUGAAGAAAAAGUAUCUCAUUCAUCAAAAGUGUCAUAUUCUUUUACCAAUAUUGUUAAAGAUCCUUUAGUUUUUUUUUCUUUAUCAUAAAAUCCUUUGAAAUCAUUGCGCAUUUCUUGUUGAUUUUUUGAUUGUUUCGAUGAGAAUUUAUAAUAAAAAAAAUUCAAGCUUUUCUCUGAGUUUAAAAAUCGCAGAAGGAUAGAAAUAUCAUAAAGAGUUUCAUAAAAGUUUCUAGCUCUGAAACUUUUUAGUUCAAUAGUUUCUAAGUAGUUUUUGAUGUUCAAUGCGAUGCGAAACGGUAAAAGUUGGAUUGUCUAUUGAUCCCUAGCUUGAGACAAAAGGAAGAUAAAACACACAAAAACUCCAUUUCAGUGCUUUUCUAGCAAGUGAUUUGACGAUAAAAACUUUCUGAAACCGGCAAUAAGUUGAAAAAAUGAUAAUAAAUUUGCAUCUAAAAUAUUCGCAAAUUUCAACCAACUUUAAAAUAAUUUUGAUUUCAACGAGAACCUUCCUGCCAAGUUGAAGGUCAACAAUUGAGAAAAACCAAAAAAAGACACGAAAAGAAAAAAAUGUCAUUUUUUUUUCAGGUUUUAGUGACAAUAAAAAUUCUUCCUGUUUAUUUGGCCCUACUCCUUGCUUGAAAGUUAUAAUGAAAACUUUUUUUUCUCUUGCUUUCUGUAUUCUGUAAAGACGUCUUUGAAUAUUCGCAUCAAGAGAAAAAAAAUUAAAAAAUUCAAAUUAAAUUUCGAUAAUCUCAGGUUUUACUGGGAGAUUUUACUGGUACUAUCGAAAUCAAAUUUUCGAAGAAAUUGACAAAAAUUUUUCAAUAUAAAGGAUCACUUUCUUGCUAAGUGAGAGUUAACUCGCCUUACUUCAAACAAGUCGAAAAAAAUAUUAGAGAAAGGAAACUUUUCGGAGAGAUUAUUAUAUAAAAUUAACAUUUUUUUCUGCUUAUUUGGCUAUACUUACCCUUGCAAAAAAAUAAAAAAAUAAAAACUUUCAUUUUUUUGCCCAUUGCGUCGCUGGCUGUGUCGAGAUGCCUUUGUAAUACUGUCUCGAGAUCAUGAAUGAACUAUAAAAAAGGCCUUAGAAUAAUACUGCCUCGAUUUCAUGUCGUCUAUGCGUUUCAACGCUUCAUGCGCUUGCCCUCAAGAUAUCUUUUUGUUUGCUUACAGUAACACUGACCUACUUUCUCCUCUUUCCUCUCCUGGAGGUAGAAAAGUUCAGUAGCCGAACCCGCGCGUGGCGUCCCUUUUUUGCAGCUCCUCUUGUGUUGCCGCGGCGGCGACUCCUUGCAACUCACUCCUCCUACAGGACCUCCGAGCUUUUUUCGGCUCCAGGCGGCUGAACUUGGACUUAUCCGGACAAUGACGGACCGCCCCUUGUCAUUUCGACAGUCACACGUGCUACUGAGUGGACGCCUUCCAAGGACCAACUUCUGCUUCUAUCAUGACCAAGACAAUGAAGAAGACCGGAAAGAAGACCGAGAAGCGCAACAACGUUCUCGAGAGGACAGAUGA